CCAAAAAUCACUUAUCCAUUCAGAUAAACCCACAACUCAUCCCGAAAACAUAACCAGUGACCAAGAAAGCAAACCUCGGAUAUGGCUUCAGCUUCUACGACUUGGAGCAUGUCUUGUCUGAAAUCUGCACUUCCUUCAAUUCAACCAAUUUCGAGCUCUUCACUUCGAUUCUCUUGUGGGCCAUCCCCUUCUCGUCUCAGGAUCUGCAAGCCCAAGUCCAGUUCCAGACUUCUACACUCCUUCGUCGGUCUUGCUCCCCUCCAUCCACUCUUGUCCCUUUCUUCCCAGGAUUCAACAAGUUUUGAGCACUCAUUCACCGUAAUUGAUAAUGGCGGCCGAGUUUUUGCCAUGAGACAUGGUAGGAAGGUGCCCAAACUGAAUAGACCUCCUGACCAGCGUCGGGCACUUUUGAGAGGUCUCACGACUCAACUCCUCAAGCAUGGGCGUAUAAAGACCACUAAAGCGAGGGCCAGGGCAGUUAGAAAAUAUGUUGACAAAAUGAUUACAAUGGCAAAGGAUGGUUCUCUUCAUAAGAGAAGGCAAGCCCUUGGAUUCAUCUACGAGAAGCAGAUAGUGCACGCAUUGUUUGCUGAAGUCCCAGACAGAUAUGGGGAGAGGAACGGAGGAUACACUAGGAUAAUAAGAACUCUACCGAGGCGAGGGGACAAUGCACCAAUGGCAUACAUCGAGCUUGUCUAGCAACUGAAUAUUCUUUUUCAAGGUUCUUUUUCGUUGCUUCUAAAUUUUCUGAUGUGAAUUAAGAGAUUUUUGUUAGUUUCCACCAAAUUAUUCCAUCCCAAUUUCCUGUAUGCCAUUCCAUUUUAACUUGCAGGUCUACUGUGUUUAUUUGGCUGAUCACCUUUGAUCUGUUUUAUGCAUUUAGUUGUCGAUUACCCCAUAUUAUAUCAAA